UCCCCUGAGCUUCUAAUCUUCGUGGCUUGUAAACAAGCAAAAACUUCUCGGCUGGCGAUGGCGCUGCUGUUGCUGCUCCGGGUUGUGGCUCUCCUUCUCGGACACCCGGGAAUCGCCCCCCUGAACCCGGCUCCCGGUGUCUCUUCACACUCCCUAAAGUAUUUCUACACAGCAAUAUCAGAGGAUAAUGAAUUGCUUUCUUCAUUUUACGUUGUGGGAUAUAUGGAUGACCAGCGGAUCUCUCAAUAUGACAGCACCGUGAGGUUGGAACUUCCUUGUGUUUCCUGGAUGAAGAAGGUGGAGGAAGUCGAUCCCUCCUACUGGAAGGAUGAAACUGAGGUGUCACGGAAUUCUGAACAGUUUUUCAAAGAGAACCUGGUGAUUGCAAGGAAUCGUUAUAACCAGAGCCGAGGGUUUCACACCCUGCAGCAGAUGUACGGCUGUGACCUGAGGAAAGAUGGGAGCAAAGGAGGAUAUCGACAGUAUGCCUACGAUGGGAAGGACUUCAUCAGUUUUGACAAGGAGACCCUCACUUGGACGGCAGCUGAUGGGGCAGCCCAGAAAACCAAGAGGAAGUGGGAUGCUCAAUCAAUGCGCAACCAGUACCUUAAGGCUUACCUGCAGGAGACCUGCAUUGAGUGGCUGAAGAAGUACCUGGACUACGGCAAGGAGACACUGCUGAGGACAGCCUCCAAAUUGGGACUCAUCCUUGGGUGUGCCAUGGGGAUUCUCCUUCUGAGUACUGGGAUUGCUGUUUAUUUCAUAAAAUGGCAACAUGAUCGCAGAAUAACUUCAAGAUGUCAAUAUGGAUGCCAAGCAGCUUCAACAAGUGAUCAAAAACCCAACAUUUCUAAGAAAGUAAGAGACCAAAAAUCCAAUAUUUCUAAGGAAGCUUGCAACAGUUGGCAAGAAAGCGAUGAAGGGUUCGGCAGCACUGAGGAAGGACUUGAACGUCCUCAGAUUUUGGUGACUACUGGAAACCAAAUACCAGCAGAUAUCAAGGGUCCACUAUACUGGGGGCUGAAAGGCUCAGCCCAGCUCCCGCCUGGCACCUGGAGACUGAUCUAGCUGAGUUUUGGCACCAUUACCAUUAUGACAACCACAGCGCAACUAGCAGGUCUGCCCUAUGAAUUGAGGAAAAGUUCAUCCGCCUAAGUGUUGGAUUUUGGUGCGCCGUUUAAGAAUUUCUUCAAGGUUUUCCACUGGAUGUCAACAAUUUAAAUUUGUAGAAAUAUUUAUAUUGCAAAGAGUUGGGCCUGAGGUACGAGGCUUGAAUGAAAAGUAAUGCCUCCACCUUCGUAACUCCUCAACAGAUGGCAGUCCUGGUCUGCAGCAGGUACUGGCUUAUUCAGUAGACUCUCCUCUACAGUUCCGUUUGGUGGGAAGCCUGAGCAUUGAACGGCUGUGUUGUUAAAGUGCAAAGUAUGGGACCCUGCGCAGACGGUCGGUCAAUGCGACUUAAGCAACGUGCAGUCAUUGAAUUCUCGACAGCAGAAGGUGCCACCACAAAGGAGAUUCAUCAGAGAAUGCAAGCUGUUUAUGGGGAUUGUGUUGAUGGGAGAGUAAGUUUCAAGAAGUGGGAACAUCUGACUUGCGUGACAAACAAAGAGUUGGACGUCCUUUGACAGCAACCACCGAGUUUCAAGCUAAAGGUUGACAGAUUGAUUCAGAACGAUUGCCAUAUCACUCAGAGAGAAAUUUCAAGCAUAAUCGGCAUUUCGCAAAAAUUAUUGCUUUGCUUGGCUAUCAGAAGAUCUGUGCAGGACGGGUACUGUGAGAUGCUGGUUGUGGAAGCAGAGUGCCGACUUCUUCCAUGACGGCUUCAGAACUGCGGCAAUUUUUAAGGGUUUUUUUCAUGUCAGAAGUGACUUGAGAAACUGUAAGUCGCUUCUGGUGUGAGAGAAUUGGCCAUCUGCAAGGAUGUUAGAGAAAGAACUACCCCACUCCUGAAGCAGCUACACUGGCUUCCGGUUUGUUUCUGGGCGCAAUUCAAGUUGCUGGCUUUGGCCUACAAAGCUCUAUACAGUUUGGGCCCAGCCUACUUGAGGGACUGUAGCUCCUUCUACCAACCCACUCGAGCUUCUUCUUCUUUUUUUUUUUUACGAAUUUUUAUUUUUAAAAACACAAAAAAUACAUACCGUACACAUACAAAACAUUUACAAUUCUCACCACCAACACGAGGAUUAUUUUCAUUUACAUAUUCAUUUAUUUUUGAGACAAUCUUUAUAUCUUUAUACAUUUCCAUCCUAUAUACUAUAUAACAAUUGUAUCUUAUUUCUUAUGGCUUGAUCUCUGGAUUGAUUCAUGAUAUAGUUCUUUACCCUUGUCCAUCUUUCUUCCAUUUCUCUCAUUUUUAAAACAUUUAAUUUCACAUUUAUAAUUUCAAAUUCCAUUUGCUCCACCAUAUAUUGGUACCAUUUAUUUACUGUCCAUUUUGAUUUAUCUUUCCACCCUAAUAUUAUUACUGCUUGUGCACAUUCAAUUAUUGCUUCUUUUAUUUCCCAUUUCCUCUCUUUUCCCUAAUACAGUAGAGUCUCACUUAUCCAAGCUAAACGGGCCAGCAGAAGCUUGGAUAAGCGAAUAUGUUGGAUAAUAAGGAGGGAUUAAGGAAAAGCCUAUUAAACAUCAAAUUAGGUUAUGAUUUUACAAAUUAAGCACCAAAACAUCAUGUUAUACAACAAAUUUGACAGAAGAAGUAGUUCAGUACGCAGUAAUGUUAUGUUGUAAUUACUGUAUUUACGAAUUUAGCACCAAAAUAUCACAAUAUAUUGAAAACAUUGACUACAAAAAUGGCUUGGAUAAUCCAGAAGCUUGGAUAAGCGAGGCUUGGAUAAGUGAGACUCUACUGUACCGCUAUUUCCUUUGUUAUGACCCACUCAUUUCCUAGUAUUUGAUUUGACUCAUUUUGUAUAGUCUGCCAAAAAUAUUGUACAUAUUCACAUUCCCACAUCAUGUGCAUAAACCGCCCUUUCUGAUGACAUCCAUGCCAGCACUGACUACUCCCCUUUUUAUAGUAGUACUAGUUGUGCCCGGCCACGCGUUGCUGUGGCGAAGUCUGGUGGUCUGGGAAAUAAAGUAUUGAGGAAUUGGUGGUAGUUAAGCUAAAGGGUAAAGGUUUUGCCCUGACAUUAAGUUCAGUCGUGUCCGACUUUGGGGGUUGGUGGUCAUCUCCAUUUCUAAGCCAAAGAGCCGGCGUUGUCCGUAGACUCCUCCAAGGUCAUGUGGGGUGACUGCAUGGAGCACCGUUACCUUUCCGCUGGAGCGGUACCUAUUCAUCUACUCUAAUUUGAAUGUUUUUGAACUUUAGGGUUGGGAGAAGCUGGGGUUAACAGUGGGGGCUCUGUCCGUUCUUCGAAUUCAAACCUGCGACCUUUCGGUCCAGAAAUUUAGCAGCUCAGCGCUUGAACACGCUGCAGCAUCAGGGGAUAUUAUUUCCUAAAGGUUGUGAAUAUACAAUAUUUUUGAUUGUUUUUGUGUGUUGGAGGCAAGUAUGAAUGUUGUAAUUAGGGAAAAUGAUUAGCAUGUAAUGGCCUUGUAGCUUUAAAGCCUGGCUGUUUCCUCCCUGAGUGAAUUCUUUUGGGAGGUGUUAGCUGGCCCUGAUUGUUUCCUGUCUAGAAUUCCCUUGUUUUCAGAGUGGUGUUGUUUGUGAUAUUUUAUGUGCUUCUACUGUCUGUGGCCCUCAGAAAACAGAGGACUUGCCAGACUUUGGUGAUGGGAAUACUUUGUUGGGAGGUGUUAGCUGGCCCUGAUUGUUUUCUGUGUGGAAUUCCACUGUUUUCAGAGUGUUCUUUAUUUAGUGUUCUGAUUUUAGAGAUUAUAUUGUUGUGUAUUAUUGUACCACAGUAAUUAUUUCAUAUUACAGUAGAAUCUCAGUUAUCCAACAUUUGGUAAUUCAAUGUUCUGGAUUAUCCAACGUAGUCUGCGUUUUAGUAGUCAUUUUUUUUGUACUCAGUGUUUUAAAUUGUGAUACUUUUUCUGUCAAAUUUGUUGUAUAACAUGAUGUUUUGGUGGUUAAUUUGUAUAAUGAUUACCUAAUUUGAUGUUUAAUCGGGUUUUCCUGAAUCCGUUCUUAUUAUCCAACAUAUUCAGUUAUGCAAUGUUGUGCUGGGAUGUUUAUGUUGGAUAAGUGAGAAUCUAGUGUAUAUUUAUAAUUUUGCAAGGAAGGCGUUUGCGUAAUCUCCCGGGCACUGGAAAGGGGUAAAUAAAUAACAGAAGAGGAGAAGGCGCUCUGUACAUGCUCAGGGCCCAGGCGGGAGGCGUGGCGGGCUGAGGUCUGCCCUUCUCCUUUGCCCCUCAAUUCCGGCCCUUCCCCUCCUACCGGAGGCGGCACCGGUGUGGUGGUGGGUUGGCGGGCCUGGUAAGCCAGGGAAGAGCGGGCUCUGGUGGAGGCGCAGGCCCCGGGCGUAGCGGCUUCAUCCCCGCCUCCGCGCUUCCCGGUGCCGGCCUCCAUGUUCUUCCCGCGCAGUAGGAGGAAAGGAGGAGGCCUGAGCAGCGGCGAGGAGGAGGAGGAGGAGGAGGAGAACCGGGCUGGGAAGGCGGGCGAUGGGGCGCUUGUCGGUCGCUGCAGGCCGGAGAGGAAGAAAAAAGGGUGGGAAAGGGUUCCUCUCCACACAGAGGGAGAGAGGCAGGACUCGCUUUUCCAGAAGUGCCUUGUGCGGAGGUGACAUUGUUGGCGCGAAACACCAGGAAGGUACCAAGGGAGGGGGAAAGAGGCCUUUUUUGUUUCCUAGGCGAGAUGUUAGGACAGGGACGGGUCAGCUUAGGCCCUCCGGGUGUUUUGGAGUGGAACUUCAGAUGCGAGGAUGAGUAGGUCAGCCUCGUGAGGCGGAGGUGUGCCUUCUCCUGCCGAGUCCCUGGCUUUGGCGGUGAAGGCGGCAAUAGAGGGUGAGGAAGGGGGGGACAGUUUUGUGUGUGUGCGCGCACGGGAAGGGUUCGGAGGAUUGUGUUUGUGCGCAUGCGCACAUUGCCUGUUGUGCUUUUUAGUGUUGUGAUUGUGUUUUUUGUUUGAAUGUGUUGUAUCUUACUGAAGGCGGGGAUGAUGGAUUGUGUUGGUAAUUUUAGAGUUUGGGGGGUGUUGGGUUUUGUUGUUUUGUGCGUCGCCACGACGCCAAAAGCCUUUUAUAUAUACAGAUGCUUACCUUUUACGAUACCAUUUGUGCAAUAUUUUCCUCCUCGUUUCUCGUACUCUGGUAUUCCUUUUCAUCCCUAUUGACUUUACCACAUUUCUCAUCUCUUGUUCCAUGAUUUGUAACUCCAUUUCCCAGAUACUUUUCAAAUCCCGUAUUGUACAUCCAUCAGCCUCUAUUAGCGUUGUAUAUAUUUUGCUGGCCUGUGCCUUCUUUCCUUCCUCUUUUUCUCUUAUCUUUUCAAAGGCCUUCCCAGACGAAGGAUAACAGGCACUGCCAGUCUGAUAAAUAAUUUGAUAAAACCUGACAAAUAACUUUAGAGGCCGGAGGUUAUGGAUAUCUGUAAAUGGUGCUUGCUGCAAGUUUUUAAAAUUGUUUUAUUUGAUAUGUUAAUUGGGUUUUUAUAUUAGGAUGAUGUUUUAAUCUGAUUUUGUACUGCAGUUGGAUGUAUUUGUAUGAAUUUUAUAUGUUGUACGCCGCUUUGAAUCCCACCCACGGGAGAAAAGAGGGAUAAAAAUAAAUAAAUAAAUAA